CAAUUUUCGUCUCAUGCAAAGAGAAAAAAAACGAAGUAGGAUCUGAACAUAGUCCAAUGAAGGCUUAUACCUCAGUGGUCCCCCAACUGCUCUUCAGAGGCAGGCUCACAAAUCGUACUCUUGCUAUUACAUCGCUUCCUUUCCCAGCUAACUUCCCCAAGCCCAUCAACGGCGCUUCCCUUUUAUCACAAAGAAUAAAAGGCGUGCGCCAAGCUUCGACAAGCAAGGGCGGUAGAAGCAGGGGAAGAAACCACAGGGGUAAAUCGGGUGGCUUGAGCGCCGACCAAAUCUUGAACACCGAUCCCUUUGAUAUUCCUCAAGGUAACGUGAUAGUUAUUAUGUCUGAAGACAUAAUGGCGGCACGGGCAAAGAAACGAAUUGCUCAAGAGGCUGCUGAUGCGGAGCCGAAGAAGGAGGAAAGCAAGGGAAACCAGAAGAAGGCCCGCAAGAGGGAACGGGCUAUGGGAUCCGGUACCGCCGAUGAGGUGUUAGCCAUAGAUGUGCAGAAUCUGAUCAACAAGCUUAAUGAAGCGGAGAAGGAAAGCAAGGUUGAAAACGUGGAAAGUGUUGAAAGCGUUGAAGGUGCCGAAAAGUCUGAAGAGGUUGAAAAGAACGAUGCAGGAAACUCAACACCCGCUACAGGCCUACCUGCGGACUUACCUCAAGAGCGCACUGAGAUUGAUGUCGAGGUCAUGGAGCUUUCAUCAACAGGAGACGGCUUAGCCGUACAGAAAGGAUCCAAACGGGUCUACGUUGUGCCAUUCGCAAUACCCGGUGACACCGUCAGAGUGAAAGUGUACCGCCAUUUGAAGGAGGAGAACUACACAGUUGCCGACUUCAUCUCCGUCGUAAAGCCGUCUCCAGACCGCGACGAUAGCCGCGUCAAAUGCAAAUACUUCUCGAAGUGCUCGGGGUGCCAAUUCCAGAUGCUCGACUACGCCGACCAGCUACAGCUUAAGAAGCGGAUCGUCGAGAAGGCCUUCCGCAAUUUCUCUCAGCUCCCCUUCGAGCUUAUCCCUGCCAUCCAGGACACUAUUGGCAGCCCGCUGCAGUAUGGCUAUCGCACAAAGCUCACACCUCAUUUUGACGGCCCCACAGGUUGGCGCAGGGGUAAGCAACCUCUCCAGAAGUGUCCGUCGAUCGGUUUCAUGCAGAAGGGCAAGCGAGAUACGGUGGAUAUCGAAGAUUGCCCCAUCGGAACCGAUGCCGUUCGACAAGGUAUGAAGCGUGAGCGUGAGAGAAUGGCGGCUGAAUUCGGUAAUUACUUACGCGGUGCCACGAUCCUGCUACGGGAAACUACAAGGCGUGUCCCGAAGAAGCUUAUUGAAGCGGCGGAAAACACCAAGGAGCAUUUCCCACCCUUGCCCGCGGAUGCAAUCCGCGUCGAGGGGGACGAGUACACGGACCUGAAAAUGUGCAUAACAGACAACAACAGCGAGUCGACCGAGUACGUCGGGCCAUAUGUCUUCCAUAAUCCCGCCGGCUCCUUCUUCCAAAAUAACAACUCCAUCCUCCCCGUCUUCACUGAUUACAUCCGCCAACAAAUCCACCCCCCUUCAUCAUCAUCUUCUUCUCCUCCUACCCCCUCUACCUCCCCUGAAAUCAAAUACCUCAUCGACGCCUACUCCGGCUCCGGCCUCUUCACCAUCACCCUCUCCUCCCUCGUCCCCGGCGGCAGCGUCGGUAUCGACAUCGCCGACACCAGCAUCGCCUACGCCAGCCGCAACGCGCGCGCCAACAACCUCUCCGCCGACCGCGUCCGCUUCCUCGCCGCGGACGCCACCGCCCUCUUCGCCAACGACGCCGUCGCCUCCCAGUACCCCGCCGACCAGACCGUCGUCGUCCUCGACCCUCCCCGCAAGGGCUGCGACGCCGACUUCCUCCGCCAGCUCCUCGACUACGCCCCCCGCCGCGUCGUCUACGUCAGCUGCAACGUCCACACCCAGGCCCGCGACAUCGGCGUCCUCGUUCGCGGCGAGACGGCUGCGCCGCUUGGUGGUGCUAUCGACACUACCACUGCUGUCACUGCUACUGACGUCGUCGCUGCUACUACCGCUACUACCGAGCAGCAGCAGAAGAAGAAGACGACAAGGUACACGAUCGAGAGUGUCCGCGGCUUCGACUUCUUCCCGCAGACGGGCCAUGUGGAGGGUGUGGCUGUUUUGAAUAGGGUUGACGAGUAGAUAGAUGUCCAAGUACUAGGCUAUCUACCUACCGAUCUACUAGGUACCAAGUGUUUAAUACGUAUAUACUACCUACAUACAAGCAGCCCGAGAAUUGCAACGUAAACCAUAAUCUAUAUAUAUCCACCUCCUUAUGUACCUACUUACCUACUUACCUACUUACCUACCUACCUAGUUUAGGUAGGUACUAUUUCCAAG